AUGAAUACAACUUGUGGGUACAGAAGUUGGAUGAUAAUUGAAUUUUUGUUCUAUUUAACAGAAGCGUACAGAUGUAUUUACUAUUCGAAGGGGUCAACAGUGUUAUUGAAGUGUUCAUCAUAUUUUGAAUGGAUGGAAUGGAUUGGACCAGCACACACACAAACAUUUCCUGGAAGAUCAGUUAUUACAAUUGAUGAAAAUCGUAGAAUGUGGAAAGUUACUGCAUAUACAGAAGGACAAUUAAUUGAUCCUACUCUGCCUCAUGGCAAUAGGUUAAAAGUCAUUAAAAGAGUACAAGCACACGAAUUUGAUCUUCAGAUCAUUAAUGCUUCAAAUUUGGAUGAAGGUCCCUACUUUUGCGGGAAUGUAAAGUCUUUGUAUAAUUUUCAUAGAUACCAUUUAUGGAAUGUAUUAAAAAUGAUGAAUAAACCAGUAGUUUCAAGCAUGCAUAACAUGAUUGAAGAAAUAAAUGAAGGUGAAUUAAAGAAAUUAUGUUGUUAUGUUGAAAGCAAUGCAACAACAACGAAAUGGUUGAAUGGAAGUCUGGAAAUAUUUGUUACACAUAAUGUUACAGAAAUUUGUUACACAAUCGAAAAAGUCAGUCGAUACGAUCAUGGAAACUACACAUGUAUAGCCGAGAAUAUUGUUGGAAGUGGAUCAGUUUCUGUUGUUCUUAAAGUAAACUACAAGCCAGUGGUUUCAUACCUGCAAGAUAUUAUUGAAGAAAUAAUCGAAGGCAAAACGAAGAAAUUUUGUUGUGUUGUUGAUAGCAAUCCAUCUCCUAUAUCGACAAGAUGGUUGAAUGGAAGUCAUCAAAUAUUGGUUACACAUUUUGUUAAAGAAACUUGUUACACAAUUAACAACGUCAGUCGAUAUGACCAUGGGAACUACACAUGUAUAGCUGACAACAUCAUUGGAAGUGGAUCAAUUACUACUGUUCUUAAAGUGAAAUAUAAACCUUUGGUUUCAAGCAUGGAUGAUUUGAUAGAAGAAAUUAAUGAAGGUGCAAAGAAGAAACUGUGUUGUUUUGUCGAUAGCAAUCCAAGACCAACAUGUACGAAAUGGUUAAAUGGGAGUCAGGAAAUAUUGGUUGCGCUUAAUGUUACAGAAACUUGUUACUCAUUUGAAAACGUCAGUCGAUAUGACCAUGGGAACUACACAUGUAUAGCGGAGAAUAUCAUUGGAAGUGGAUCAAUUACUACUGUUCUUAAAGUAAAUUACAAACCAUUGGUUUCCAUUUUGUAUGACUUGAUUGAAGAAAUCAAUGAAGGGGAACAGACGAAACUUUGUUGUUAUGUUGAUAGCAAUCCAACACCAACAUCAACGAGAUGGUUGAAUGGAAUCAAGGAAUUAUUAGUUACUCAUUACGUUAACAAAACUUGUUACACAAUCAAAAGGGUCAAUCGAUACGACCAAGGAAACUACACAUGCAUAGCAGAGAAUAUCAUUGGAAUUGGAUCAGUUUCUAUUGUUCUAAAAGUAAAAUAUAAGCCUGAAGUUUCAAGCAGUCAUGAUUUGAUUGAAGAAAUAAAUGAAGGUAAAACGAAGACACUUUGUUGUUAUGUUGAUAGCAAUCCAAUACCUAUAUCAACGAGAUGGUUGAAUGGAAGUCAGGAAAUGUUAGUUACACAUAAUGUAGCAAAAACAUGUUACACAAUUAAAAACGUCAGUCGAUAUGACCAGGGAAACUACACAUGUAUUGCUCAUAAUACUAUCGGAAAUGGAUCAUUUACUACGCUUCUGCAAUUUAAAUCUAAUUAUUACUUUAAAGAAAAAGAACAAUCUUUGCAAAAUGUCGUCAUAGGAGUUUUACUCGGAACUAUUGCUGCGCUUGUUGUUGGGAUAGGAAUUCUUUUUUUGCACCUCAAACGGAAAAACAAACAGAGGAGGAUAUCAACAAUCAAUUCCGAAACCCCAAGGGGAAAUGAUUAUGAAAGUGGUCAUUAUAUGGAGAUAUAUAUGAUAGAUGACAACAUAGUGACGCCAUGGCAAGAAAACAGUAACUCGAAUAUAGCAGUCGAAAGAGCAGUUGUUGAAAACAGAGAUAUAGCUCUGGCGUCUGGAGGACAUUCAUCAACAUCAUCCGACAAUGACAGUAAUGCUUCGGUAUAUUUAGACGAUGGUUAUGAGCAUUCAUACAACACAUUAUUUGCAAAUAAUCGUGCUGAAGACGAACAUGUUUAUCUCAGUCCAAAAAAGACGUCAAACAAUGCAAACUCAACACCUUUUGAGAACGCUGCUUGUGGGUGUUCUUUGGAAUUCACAGAACAAGAUUAUUCGCCAGUUCAAACAAAAACACCUUGGGAAGCAAUUGAUGGUGAAGAAAAUAAUGAAUCCGAAAUUUAAUGAGAGCGAGUUUA